ACCCGCAGUCACGGACCAGUCACCACCGGACUCGUAACUUGCCGGUCAGCAAUGUAUCGGUCAUGUGUGGUGAGGAGCAGAAAGAGAACUUGUGUGGAGCCCUGGGUUAUUGGCCUCAUCUCUUUUUUAUCCCUGAUUGUCUUGGCAGUGUGCAUCGGACUCAUUGUUCACUAUGUCAGAUACAAUCACAGGAGAACCUACAAUUAUUACAGCACAGUGUCAUUCACAAGUGACAAGCUAUAUUCUGAGUUUGGAAGAGAGGCUUCUAGAAAUUUCACGGAAAUGAGCCAGAGAAUUGAAACUAUGGUAAAAAAUGCAUUUCAUAAAUCUCCACUAAGGGGACAACUUGUCAAGGCUCACAUUAUCAAGUUCAGUAAAGAAGAUGAUGGAGUGUUGGCUCACAUGCUGCUGAUUUUUCGAAUUCGCUCUACUGAGGAUCCUGAAAUUGUGCAUAAAAUUAUUGAAUAUGUUCUUCAUGAAAAGCUGAAAUAUGCUACGGGACCUCCCAAUGUUGAUCCUGAAUCAGUUAAAAUUAAAAAAAUCAACAAGACAGAAUCAGACAACUAUCUCAACCAUUGCUGUGGGACACGACGGAACAAAUCCACAACACAGACUAGUGUGAGGAUUGUUGGGGGAACACCGGCAGAAGAGGGAGAAUGGCCCUGGCAAAGCAGCCUGCGGUGGGAUGGGUCUCACCGCUGUGGAGCAACUUUGAUCAACAACACGUGGCUUGUGAGUGCCGCUCACUGCUUUCGAACGCACAAGGACCCAUCCAGAUGGAGUGCUUCCUUUGGGGCAACAUUACAGCCUCCAAAACUGACAACAGGCCUCCGGAGAAUAAUUGUUCAUGAAAACUACAAAUACCCGUCACAUGACUAUGACAUUGCACUGGCAGAGCUGUCUAAGCCAGUCCCCUGCACAAAUGCGGUGCAUAAGGUUUGUCUCCCUGAUGCAAACCAUAAAUUUCAGCCGGGGCAGAGGAUGUUUGUGACAGGAUUUGGAGCAGUGAAAAAUGAUGGUUUCACCCAGAAUUACCUUCGGCAAGUACAGGUGGAUUACAUAGAUACCCAAACCUGCAAUCAACCUCAAUCUUACAAUGGUGCCAUCACUCCUAGGAUGUUGUGCGCUGGCUUCUUAAAAGGAGAAAAGGAUGCAUGCCAGGGUGACUCUGGAGGCCCACUUGUUACGCCAGAUGUUAGAGAUAUCUGGUACCUUGCUGGAGUAGUGAGCUGGGGAGAUGAAUGUGGCCAACCCAACAAGCCUGGUGUUUACACUAGAGUGACGGCCUUCAGAGACUGGAUUGCUUCCAACACUGGUAUCUAAACCAGAGAGAUCCAGAGGGAUGAAAUGGAUGGUUUUGUCUUUAGACUGUUCUUGGAGACACUCAAAUGGAAAAGAAGACUUGCAAAUGAGGAGGGCCCGAAACACCACAUGGAACAAUCUGAAGUGUAUAUUUCCUUCCCAGCUUUGCUUUUCAGACAAACAUCUUGCUGCUGCCAGAUGGACUCUGCCAAUCUACACUCAUUUAUUUUCUACAAGUUUCCUGUCUCCCAAAUUUUGGCUCAACCAUCUAAAGUAUUCAUGGAUACAUAAAACGUGAAGCUGAAGCAACCCUUUCCUUCAUCCAUCAGCUUCUCUCAGAUUAGUAAACUUCUAUUUUUCAAGUGUAAGAAAAGGAAUACAGUAAAAUAUAAAAAGAAAAAACCUUACAUCAGCAAUAUCUUAAAGUAGAAUGUGGGGAAUGAUCAUAUUCAUUAUAAAAGACGAGCAAGCAGGUGCAUAAGCAGAUUGCUCAAAAUUCUACGUUGGAUAAGAAGUUGAAGAAACAGAGAAACUAAUACAUAACUUAAUUUUCUUCCUACAUAACUAAUAAGAGCAACAUAAGGGAUAUUAUUUCCUGUGGCUACAGUAGUCAUAUGAAUUCUUUGUAAUGUACUUGUUAUGAACAAACCAAAGCAAAGAUUAUUUAUUUGCAAUUGACCUGCAGAGGAUGCCGAUGGACAGCCAGUGAUGAAACAAACAAAUCACCUACUUGCUUGACAUUAUAACAUGAAAAUUAAUGAAGGAAUGGAGGGUGUGUAGUAUGUUACUAAUCAAUUUACUGAAAAGUUUCUCAAGGUUUGAGGGUAAAUUAAAGGUUUAUUUCAAAAUAAUCACCUCACCCUGCGUGGUAAAAUAAUUGUAUACUUGAAUGGAAUUUAAAAAGACUCAGUCUAAACUAA